CAUGAGGGAAUGGUAACGUUUAGUAGUAAAAUACGACCUUAAACGAAAAUUGCACUCUUGGUUUUUUCACCUCAUUUACAUCAAUCAGAAAUUUCUUUCGGAAGUCGUAGAAAGUUAUGACCCGGUGAGGAAUGUAACCGUAAUAAAAAAAUGAGUUUCAAGAAAUACAGAAAUCAUAAUGAGAGUCCAGAGAAGUCAGAUGAUGCCUGCUGUGAGAUGUAUGUUGGAAAUUAUCCAAGCACAUUUGGUGAAAAAGACCUUUUCAGGAUUUUUCAAGGCUAUGACAUUGUUAAAGUAAGAAAACUGUUCAAGAAAGAUCAUAAAGUUUUUGCAUUUGUUCAAUUCAAAAGUAAAGAAUCUGUGAAAAAGGCUGUUGAAGAACUAUCUGAUUAUGACAUCCAAGGACGAAAACUUAAACUGCAUGCUAUGAAGGGGAAGAAAGAAAACAACAAAAGAAACUUUAGAAACAACACAUAUAAUAAACCUCUAACAAAAGGGUCUUAUGAAUCUUUAUCAUUAGACCGUGAUGAACCCCCACCCUUGGGGCAUGAUGAACCCCCACCCUUGGGGCAAGAUGAAACCCCACCCCUGGGGCAUGAUGAAACCCCAUCCUUGGAACACGAUGGACCUCCACCCUUGGAACACGAUGGACCUCCACCCUUGGAACACGAUGGGCCCCCACCCUUGGAACACGACGGGCCCCCACCCUUGGAGUACGACGGGCCCCCACCCUUGGAGUACGACAAACCUCCACCCUUGGAGCACGAUGGGCCCCCACCUUUGGAGUAUGUUGGACCUCUACCCUUAGAAAGGGUUAGUCAGAGGAAACUAGUAUUCCACCAACCAAUGAAUUAUAGGACGAGAAACAGCAGGCCCUCUCCCUCAGAGUCUCAUUAUACUCCAUAUUAUCCACAAAGAUUGUGGCAUGACUAUGUAUUUCCAACAGUCGUGGAUCCUUGCUUGGCUUAUAGAAGGAAACCUUUAUCAAAUACAUUGUCCAGUGUUUCAAGUAAUGAUGGUUAUUUAGCGAAAGAUCACUUUGAGGAGCGUACUCUUGUCAGCAUAAUGAAUUUUCCACAUGGAACGACUCGGCAAGACAUCUUGCAACUUUUUGAUUUGUUUGAACCAUUGGAUGUGGAGAUGAUCAACAAUGCACCAAUAUUAAAAAGGCCAUUAUGCAGAUCCUUCUUGCUUAUGUUGUGUUGCCUGGGCCACAUGCAUGGCUUUGCCUCUGACCUCUGUGUUUGUGAUCCUCAUCUGUUACAAAAUGUCACACUUUGCUUACCAUACUUGGAGCACAACUUGUUGCAGAUCUUUUCUAGUACACAGGCUUUGGUGUUAUUACCAACUCUGGAGAUGGCAGAAGCAGCUGUUAUGGAACUUGAUAAUACAUGGUUUAAGAAAUGCUGUAUAAUGGUGUCUAUUGUGGAAAAGGACAAAUAUGAAUCAUGGGGUUUAUUGGAAGAAUAUAAAUAUUCCAAAGGACGUAUGGCUAAAUCAUUUAAUGACAAAUUUGCAGAAAUGUCUUUGCACCAUUAAUAUCAUGACCAUGCAGAGGUUUUGAGAUGACAAUGUUUGAAUAUUGAUUGCCUGGUUUCACUUUAUAAAGGAGGGCUACUGGGAUGAUGUGGUCAUUUUUUUCAGGGAAUAUACAAGUUUUUUUAUGUUCAUAUUAUCAGGGUAACUCAAUUGUUAAAAAUGGGUAAAUAUAAGGUUUGUACCUUUAUGGAUUUAUGCCAUAUGUUGUAUCAGAAGAUUAAGAUAUAAUUAUGGUAAUACAUGAAUUUAGAUUGGUGUGUUUAGAUCAUUUGCAUGGAAGAGUCUAAAUUCAGUUACUUGGGAAUUUGAAUGUUUUAAAACUAAAUUAACUUAUGACAUAUGCUGAAGAGCAAAGUUAUAAUUCUAAUCAAGUUUUAUGCAGACUGUUACCAGUGUCAUCUAAUUUUCUGUUAGUAUUGUAAAUAUCAAGUUAAACCUUAAGUAUCCAUGGUAUAUUAUUUUUAAACAUUUCUUAUGAAAAAAAAGAAAGACAGUGUGCAAUAUUGUAUUACAAAAAAAAUUUACUAGAGAAGACCGUCUUAGGUUAUUUUUUUAAAAUGCAACCAUCUGUUAAGAAGGUUCUUUCUUAUUUUAGUAGAAAAGAUUAGGCUUACAACACUUGUGGUUUUAGACUUAUAAAUUUUUAUAAAGGCUUUCAACAAAUAUUUUUGUUGUUCAAUCUAUCCAGAUUGAAAAUUUGUUAGAAUUGUCCCUUAGAACUUAAAGCAUUCAUAAGGUUUUUUAUGACAUAUUUUAUGUUCAUUAAAGGAUGUUUACUGAGCAUUAUUCUCAUAGUAUUAAAGAUUUUGUGUGAUGUGCCAUUUCACUAAAAAGUUUAACUGAAUCGAAACUAGUACCUUGCAGAAAAUAAAAUUUUAUUUUCAACUAAUUAUGUACCACUGCUGUUCUGAUAGUUUUUCACUUCUAGUUGUACCAGGAGCGGAUUAAAGCCUAAAUGCCUAGUCAGCUAAAAAAAAUGGGGGGAGGGGGAGCUGGUGGGCUCUAUUCAUAUCAAUAUUAUACAUCAAUCAAAUAAUUUCAUAUAUAAAGAUGUCCAAUCAGCUUUAGCUGACCAUUAAAUCUACCCCUAAGUUGUAUGUACUGCUACCUUGUUCUUUGAUAAGUUGAGAGAGGGUGAAUUAGAUAUAUGAAAGCUCAAUAUUUGCAAAUUUAUGACAUUCAGGUUUAACAGUAUUAUUUAAUAUGAUACAACAUUCUGGGGAGAGAUACUUAAAUCUUGAACGGUAAAUAAUUUAAAUAGAGAAAAAGAUGUGUGUCAGCAUUAUGUAGAUAGUUUGUUUUAAACAUACAAUAGGAUCACUUUAGCUCAAUAAUCUAAAAACUCAGUUUUCAAGCAAUUUAACUUUUAUUUUAAUUAUAGCAUCACUUCAGUAUUUUCUUAAAGAAAUUUUUAAAUGUAAUAUAAUUAAUUUAAAUAACUUUAUGUAUGAAACAAAAAUACACAUGUUGAAUUUCAGGAAUUACUUUAAUGAGACAAUUUUUUUCAUAUCUGUGGUUAGUCCUUUAUUUUUAAUUGAAGUCCACUACAAAUUAAUUUUGAUUACAA